AUGCAGUUCACAGAUGAACCCGAAUCUUACAACAAGGAAGAUCAAGAUGAAAUAAAUAGAGGAAUAUUGUUGUCCAUGAAUUCAAAUUUUAAUCGUGAUCGAUCAAAAAAAGCUUUAACAAUACCUUUACUAAAUAGAAAAGUAUCAAGCAUUAAAAAUGAUUUUUCAUUUGAUAGUACACCCACAACUACCGACACAGCUACUACCCCUACACCUGCAUCUAGUCUUGGCUUUACUGACCAAGAACAUCAUUUUAUUAAUGAAUUGUUGGCACAUCAUUCAAACACUCGCACAUUUAAUGUUGACAAAGUUGUUCAAGGCGCAAAUUAUCAAAUAGAAAAUUGUCAUCAUAACUAUGUCAUAAACAAAUGCGAGCCAGAUACAAGAGCACCAUACUUGGAGAAAAGUUGUGUAAUGUGGGAUAAAUGUAGGAUUAUGGAUCCAUAUAAAACAAUAAGAAAAACUGAAAUAUUUUCUACUAUAGCGGGUAGAAUAAUAUCUUCGUUUGUUCAUCAACUUUCAAAUCGAGCAAUGGCUUUUGUUUUUCUUGUAAUUAUAAUCAGUAUUUCAUUGCUUAAAAGAUAA